AUGGCAGAUCAGCUAACCUGGCUUGUCACCGGUUGUACCUCCGGCCUUGGAGAGGCCUUGGUGCGGGCUAUCCUAUCAAAGGGCGACAAAGUCAUUGCUACGGCCCGUGAACGCAAGGGAGUGAGCGGUAUUGAGCGCCUCUCUGCACUUAAGGAAUCUGGUGCGGCGGUAUUCGAGCUGGAUAUCACAGCCCCGCAGGCAGAACUGAAUGAGAAAGCCAAGGAAGCUUGGAAUACGUAUGGUCACAUCGACGUCCUGGUCAACAAUGCUGGGUUUAUAAUGGGUGGGCUCGUGGAAGAAAUCAACGAAGAAACUCUCUUAGGUGUUCUCCGUACAAACGCUCUUGGACCGCUGAAUCUGACUAGAGCUUUUCUCCCAUUCAUGCGUGGACGACGGACUGGUACUUUGCUCUUUACUGGAUCUGUCGGCCCGCAUUACGCUAUCCCGGGAGCAUCGUGCUAUAUUGGAUCUAAAGGUCUACUGGACGCAAUAGUGCCAAAUCUCGCACUAGAGGUCGCCCCAUUUGGUCUGCGCACAUGCAACCUCAUCUUUGGUCAUUUUCGUACCGAGAUAAUGAAUGAGAACAAUGCCACCCAUUCAACACCAAAUCCAAUUCCUGAAUUGGCAGAGCUUCACAAACUGGUCGACGAUGCUUUCAAAGCAGGGACUGUCGGUUGGCCAGGUGACCCGAAGAAGGGCUGUGAACUUGUUGUGGAAGCUGUCAGAGGUGAGGGAAGAUGUGCUGGUAAGGAGCUACCACUGAGGCUUCCUGUUGGGUCGGAUGCUCCCAGUAUAAUAAGACAUGAUUGUACACAAAGGAUGAAGAUCUGUGACGAGUGGGACGGAGUUAUGACAGCAACUGAGUGUGAUUAA